GUCCUCAGCUCGCGGUCCGGCCUUGCGUCACCUCGGUCACCGGCGCCUCGUGUGCGGCUCUUCACAGGCUCCGGUCGCGGCCCUCAGCAACAAAAUGGUUCAGCAAGUUCCAGAAAACAUCGAUUUUCCUGCUGAAGAAGAGAAAAUCUUGCAAUUCUGGUCCGAAUUUAAUUGUUUCCAAGAAUGCCUAAAGCAGUCAAAACAUAGGCCAAAAUUUACUUUCUAUGAUGGGCCUCCUUUUGCCACUGGACUACCUCACUAUGGACAUAUACUUGCGGGGACAAUUAAAGAUAUAGUUACAAGAUAUGCUCACCAGAGUGGGUUUCAUGUUGACAGAAGAUUUGGAUGGGAUUGUCAUGGCUUACCUGUGGAAUAUGAAAUAGAUAAGAUACUAGGAAUCAGAGGACCAGAGGAUGUAGCCAAAAUGGGGAUUGUGGAGUAUAACAAUCAGUGCCGAGCAAUUGUGAUGAGAUAUUCUACUGAGUGGAAGUCUACUGUUACCAGACUUGGCCGAUGGAUUGACUUUGACAAUGACUAUAAAACACUCUAUCCAGAAUUCAUGGAAUCUGUCUGGUGGGUCUUCAAACAACUUUAUGAUAAAGGCCUUGUUUAUAGAGGUAUGAAAGUCAUGCCUUUUUCCACUGCAUGCAACACUCCACUUUCUAACUUCGAAUCUCACCAGAAUUACAAGGACGUUCAAGAUCCUUCAAUAUUUGUUACCUUUCCUUUGGAGGAAGACGAAAGUAUAUCUUUGGUUGCUUGGACAACUACUCCCUGGACUCUGCCUAGUAACCUUGCCCUCUGUGUUAAUCCGGAUAUGCAGUAUGUAAAGAUUAAAGAUGUUGUCAGAGGAAAAUCAUUCAUUUUAAUGGAAGCCAGAUUACCGGCCCUCUACAAAUUGGAGAAUGACUAUGAGAUCCUUGAAAGAUUUCCAGGUGCCUCUCUCCAAGGCAAGAAAUACAGGCCCCUGUUUGACUAUUUUGUGAAGUGGAAAGAACAUGGCGCUUUUACAGUGCUUGUCGACAAUUAUGUGAGGGAGGAAGAAGGCACUGGGGUGGUACAUCAAGCUCCUUACUUCGGUGCUGAUGACUAUCGGGUCUGUAUGGACUUCAACAUCAUUCAGAAAGAUUCUGUCCCUGUGUGCCCUGUGGAUGCUUCAGGCUGUUUCACAGCGGAAGCGACAGAUUUCAUGGGACAGUAUGUGAAGGAUGCUGACAAAAAUAUCAUCAGGAUGCUGAAGGAACAAGGCCGACUUCUUGUUGCCAGCACCUUCACUCAUAGCUACCCUUUCUGCUGGAGAUCAGAUACGCCCCUCAUUUACAAAGCGGUGCCCAGCUGGUUUGUGCGGGUUGAGCACAUGGUGGACCAGCUGAUGAGGAACAAUGACCUGUGUUACUGGGUCCCGGAGUUUGUGAGAGAAAAGCGUUUUGGAAAUUGGCUGAAAGAUGCACGAGACUGGGCAAUUUCCAGAAACAGAUACUGGGGCACCCCCAUCCCGCUGUGGGUCAGCGAGGACUUCGAGGAGAUAGUAUGCAUUGGGUCAAUGGCAGAACUUGAAGAACUGUCAGGAACAAAGGUCUCAGAUCUCCACAGAGAGAGCAUUGACCAUCUGACCAUCCCUUCACGCUGUGGGAAGGGAUUGCUGCGUCGCGUGUCUGAAGUGUUUGACUGUUGGUUUGAGAGUGGCAGCAUGCCCUAUGCUCAAGUUCAUUAUCCAUUUGAAAAUAAGAAGGAGUUUGAAGAUGCAUUUCCUGCAGACUUCAUUGCUGAAGGCAUUGAUCAAACCAGAGGAUGGUUUUACACUCUGCUGGUGCUGGCCACAGCUCUCUUUGGACAACCACCUUUCAGGAAUGUGAUUGUGAAUGGGCUCGUCCUUGCAAGUGAUGGCCAGAAAAUGAGCAAACGAAAAAAGAAUUAUCCAGAUCCACUUUCCAUCAUCCAUAAAUAUGGUGCUGACGCCCUCAGAUUGUAUCUAAUUAACUCCCCUGUGGUGAGAGCAGAAAACCUCCGCUUUAAGGAGGAAGGUGUCCGCGAUGUUCUGAAGGACGUGCUGCUCCCUUGGUACAAUGCCUAUCGCUUCUUCAUCCAGAAUGUCCUGAGGCUGCAGAAGGAGGAAGAAAUGGAAUUCCUCUACAAUGAGAACACGGUUAAAGAAAGUGCCAACAUUACAGACCAGUGGAUCCUGUCCUUCAUGCAGUCGCUCAUUGCCUUCUUUGAGACCGAAAUGGCAGCUUAUAGGCUCUAUACUGUGGUGCCCCGCCUGGUCAAGUUUGUCGAUGUUCUGACCAAUUGGUAUGUCAGGAUGAACCGCCGAAGAUUAAAGGGCGAAAAUGGGAUGGAGGAUUGUGUUACAGCCCUGGAAACCUUGUUCAGUGUUCUGCUUUCUCUGUGCAGACUGAUGGCGCCGUAUACCCCUUUUCUUACUGAAUUGAUGUACCAGAAUCUUAAGAUGCUGAUUGACCCUGUUUCUGUCCAGGACAAGGACACACUCAGCAUCCACUACCUCAUGCUGCCCCGUGUUCGAGAGGAAUUGAUUGACAAGAAAACAGAGAGUGCAGUAUCUAGAAUGCAGUCUGUGAUUGAACUUGGGCGAGUGAUUCGUGACCGCAAAACUAUUCCAAUAAAGUAUCCUUUGAAAGAAAUUGUCGUUAUCCAUCAAGAUCCAGAAGCUCUCAGUGAUAUCAGAUCUUUGGAGAAGUAUAUUAUUGAGGAGUUGAAUGUUCGAAAAGUUACACUGUCUACAGAUAAAAAAAAGUAUGGUAUUCGCCUAAGGGCAGAGCCAGAUCACAUGAUCCUGGGGAAGCGGCUGAAGGGAGCCUUCAAGGCAGUGAUGACGUCAAUCAAGCAGCUGAGCAGUGAGGAGCUGGAGCAGUUCCAGAAGCGUGGGUCCAUUGUUGUGGAAGGCCAUGAAUUGCAUGAAGAUGACAUUCGCCUUAUGUACACCUUUGAUCAAGCAACAGUUGAGACAGCCCAGUUUGAAGCACACUCGGAUGCUCAGGCUUUGGUUCUCUUAGACGUCACCCCUGACCAGGCGAUGGUGGAUCAAGGGGUGGCUCGGGAAGUCAUCAAUCGUAUCCAGAAACUUCGCAAAAAGUGCAAUCUGGUUCCCACUGAUGAAAUAACAGUUUAUUACACAGCAAAGUCUGAAGGAAAUUAUCUGAGCACCAUUAUUGAAAGCCACAUGGAGUUCAUAUUUGCCACCAUAAAGGCCCCCUUGAAACCAUAUCCAGUUGCUACAUCAGAUAAAAUCCUUAUUCAGGAAAAAAUGCAGUUAAAGGGGUCUGACCUGGAAAUUACACUCACCAGGGGAUCCUCCACACCUGGCCCUGCUUGUGCAUAUGUCAAUCUUCACAUUUGUGCAAAUGGCAGCGAGCAAGGUGGAGUACUGCUUCUGGAAAAUCCUAAAGGUGAUAAUCGGCUAGACCUCCUAAAGCUGAAGAGUGUUGUUACUAGCAUUUUUGGUGUGAAGAAUACAGAGCUGGCGCUCUUCCACGGGGAAACAGAAAUACAAAACCAAACCGACUUACUGAGUCUUAGUGGAAAGAUGCUGGGUGUGACUGCAGGACCAGCUCCCUCUGUGAUUGACAGUCCUGGUACUCUUCUCUGUCGGUAUAUCAACCUACAGCUCCUGAAUGCAGACCCACAAGAGUGUUUAAUGGGAACAGUGGGCACCCUCCUGCUGGAAAACCCACUUGGGCAGAAUGGACUCACCUAUGAAGGUCUUCUGUGUGAAGCAGCCAAGAUGUUUGGCCUUCGCAGCAGGAAGCUAAAGCUGUUUCUGAAUGAGACCCAAAUGGAUGAAAUUACAGAAGAAAUUCCCCUGAAGACUUUGAACACGAAGACUGUGUAUGUUUCUGUAUUUCCAACAACGGCUGACUUCUAACUUUCUGUUAUCAGUGUGGUUCAGUCAACCUUUCCCUACACCCACACACACAUUCAUGUAUUGAAAAUAAUCCUUUCAGGUGCAUUUGGUCUAAAUGUGCUGCUUUUGGUCUAAAUGUGACGUGGCAUUGGUUCAUCAAGUAGCUUAAAACCUCACAGCAAUAUUCACAUUUAACCUUAAGCACCUAUGUAGUCAUGUUGGGAGAAGAUUGCAAUGUUACCUCAGCACUAGAGUUUAUUUCUGUACUUGAAUUCCUUAAGUAUAGAGGGAGAAAGUUAUUAAAGUGGCAUAAUGUUUAUCCUUUUAUGGUCGUUUAAAACCUUGAGGAAAUGGAUAAUUAUCUGGAUUUCCUUGGAUAAUUUGAUGGAAUAUGUUGUUCCAUUAAAGCAAGAAAAAUAACCAAGCUUUCUCAGAUAAUAAAUAUGUUAAAAGUAAUUCAUUCUCCCAUUGUUUAUUGAAACUUGAAAUGUAUAAUCUUCAAAAAACACAAAAACUUAAUAGUGACUUCUGUAUUAAGACAGUGGGCUAAGUUGGUUAGAGCAUCAUCCCAGUAUGCCAAGGUUGCAAGUUUGAUCCCCCAUCAGGGCACAUAAAAGAAUCAACCAAUGAAUGCAUAAAUGAGUGGGACAACAAGUCUCUCCCCCCUCCCUCCCUCCCUCUCUUUAAAAGUCUUUUUUAAAAGAUUUUUUUUUAAAUAAUGUACUAAAUAAAUAUCUCAUUUUACUUCUUCCCAAAACCCUAUGUUUACAGAUGCCCAAACAGAAUUAGAUGUGUAAGAUUUAUUGGGGGAAACAUACAUAAGGGAUAAAGGGGGACGGGAUAAAACAUAGGCAGAAGAACCCUUCAGGCUACAAUUUAGGUUUGACACCAUGAAAAUUUAAGAAAGAAGGAAGAUUUAUUAGAGAAAGUUGAGACUGCAUUGCAACUCUCAGAAAACCUUGAUCACGCUAAUCAAGAGUCUCUAGGCAAGGAUUCCAAAAUAAAGAGUCCAUAUUUGGGUUGCUGUUCUCCCCCUGUCCGCCUUAUCUACGGGUUUGUUUGUUUAUGGUCUCAGUUAUACAGUUAACUGUGGUUCAAAAAUAAUUCAUAAGAUUUUUGUUUGUUUUUAAAAUAUAUUUUUAUUGAAUUAAGGGAGAGGGAAACAUCGAUCAACUGCCUUCUGCAUGCCCCCUACUGGGGAUUGAGUCUACAACCUGUAAUCCAAGCAGUGGCCUCGCAGUGUGUGAUGAUGCACAAACAUGAGGCUGAGCCACACUGACCAGGGCCAUAGGUUCAAAUCCAAUCUUGCCAUCUGCAACACCAUGGAUGGACCUACCGCGUACUGUGCUAAAUGAAAUCAGAGCAAGACGGGUAUCAUAUGAUUUCACUUGUAUAUGGAAUCUAAAGUAAUCAGAAAUAGAACAUUUUGAUGGUUGGGGUAGGUUAGAAAGUAUAAAUUGGUAGUUACAGGAGCGUCACAGGAUGCAAAGCACAGCGUAGGGAACACACAGUCAGUAAUGCGGUAACUGGUGCCAGACGGGCACUAGACUUAGGGGGAUCACUUUUCAGCUUACAGAAAUGUCUAAUCACUGUGUUGUGCACCUGAAACUAAUAUAAUAUUGUAUGUCAGCUGUAAUUGAAAAUAAAAAUUAUUUUUUUAAAAAUCAGUUUUAAAUUGCACACAGUCUGAGUAGGUGAUGAAUCUUGAGCUGUUCUCCUCGAUCCUUUCUGGUCUGUGAAUCAUCCCUUCGUUCAGAAUGUCCAUCCAUGUGUUAGACGCUGCCUGCCCAUUAGAGGCCAAAAACUAGUGGCACAAUAUUUUGUAAGUAAGGGGGGGGGGGGGGGGAACAAAACAAAACUGUGAACUAUAAAUUCCCUGUACUUCAGUUAUUAAAGAGUAAAAAAAGAUACUUUCAGACAAUUGGAACUAAAAUUAUUUGUCACUGGAAGACCUGUUAAAAAUUGGCUAGAGGAAGUUAUUGAAAUAGAAAAGGAAAAAACCUUGAAAUACCAACAGAAAGAGCAGAAAUAUAGUAAAUACAAUGAAUUAUCCUUUUCUUAAUAACAUCUGAUAUUCCAAUCAAUGAUACUUAAAAGUGUGGACUUAGCCCUGGUGAGUGUGGUUGGGCAUUGGCCUGUGCAUUGAAAGGUUGCUGGUUCUUGAGCCCAGUGACCUAGGCAGGGAUAAAGGACAGAGGUGUGGCCAGUUUUUUGACAAUCAGCAUUCCAAACGGAGAAAGCCAUGGAGCCUGACUACCUCUCCUCACCCUCCCAGAGCCAUCAGCAGGCCCCAGAAGAAGCUAUAGCAGUGAGGGUUGGCGCAUUAUCUGAAAUUUUUUCCCUGAGUGACAGGCACAAUGUGACUAAUCCCAGGGUAGGGUGGAGACAUGGAGGUGAUGCCACAGAUGUCUGCCAGUCAACCUUACUGGGAAAGCAAAGCAACAAAGGAAGUGACCAAAUUCUCCCAGCUCACCCCACACCAACAGAUGACAGCUUCUCUGUUGGCACCGUCUGGCUGAAGUGGGCAGCACUGGUAUUUCACGGAUUUGGAACCCCAGUGGCCACUACAUUCCCCUGGGGGAUUUGUUUUCUGAGACCAAGAUGACCAGAGCACAGAGGAGACACAUACUUUCUAUUGGGACACAGGUGAUUUUCCACCAGCACAUACAUCUGAAAUGCCAGAGGUGGUAGAGACUUAAUGAUCUUGCUUCAGCACCACCACCUGUAAAGCAAUAAGAAGACUUUUUAUCUAUUAGAGGAAUGCCAUUUAUACAUAGAUACCUAGAGAGAGGAGGAAUCCAUCAAAUACCAUGAACAACCAAGAUAACAUGGCAGCCCAGGAACAAAAUAAAAAUUAUCCCCAAAAUAAAAUCAUGGAAAUAGGUGAUUUAAGUCAGCGGUCGCCAACCUUUCAGACCUCACAGAUCACCGGUUGGUGACCACUGAUUUAAAUGACAGAAUUCAAGAUUUCAGUUCUCAGAAACAAGAUACAAGAGAACAAGCAGUUAUGAACUCAAAGUCAAUGAACUAAAUUAGUACUUUACCAAACAUUACAACUUUUAAAAAGAACCAAACAAAUCUUGGAGAUGAAGGAUUCAAUAAAAGAGAAAAGUGAACUAGUAGGCAUAGGAAAUAGAGCUUAUCAAACAGUUGAGAACUUCCCAAACCUAUGGAAAGAGCUAAGUCCUUGAAUCCAAGAAGCAAACAGAACACCUAGUUACCUCAGUCCAAAAGGCCUUCUCCAAGGCACAUUGUAUUAAUACUGUCACCAAUGAUGAGGUCCUGGCCAGGUUGCUCAGUUGGUUAGAGUGUUGUCUCAAUACACCAAGUUUGUGACUUUGGUCUCCAGUCUGGGCACAUACAAGAAGCAACCAAUAAAUGUGUAGAUAAGUGGAACAAGAAAUCAAUAUCUUCCCCCCCCCCUUCCUCUCCAAUCAAUCAAUAAAAUAAAUUCAUGACAAAAAUUCUCAAGACUGUCAGGAAAAAGAACUACCUAUAAAAUAAAUCCCAUUAGGUUAUCACUAGACUUCACAGCAGAAACCCUACAAGCUAGAAGAGAAUGGGACCAAAUAUUCAAACUACUGAAAGAGAAAUUACCAAACUAAGGAUAAGAUAUCCAGCAAAGUUAUACUUCAGAUAUGAAGGAGAAAUAAAGACCUCUAGACACACAGAAGCUUAGGCAAUUCGCCACCAGAAGACCUCCAUUGCAGGUAAUGCUCAAGGAGGUUUACAGACAGACAGCAUAGUUAGGGUUAAUUUCUGACAAAACAAAAGUAGGAGAUAAAGUUCUGAGCUUGCAAAGAAAAGUGAAGAUUACAUGCAUUCAAAAAAACCCACUAUAUAUCAAACUUU